AAGGGAAGGGCAGACGGGAGGAAAGCAGCCUUCCCGGUAAACUAACCUAACAUUACUUGUUGUGUUUCUUGGCUUUACGUGAGAAUACCUUUUUAGAAAAUUGAGUGGCAAGGGUUAGAAACGGUGACGAACAUUUCUGCAACUCCGGAGAAGCGACUGUCAUUGAUCGACGAAGUAAGUAGGAUAUAUAACAGCCAAGAUUCCUGUGGGCAGAGCAAACAGGCUCUUUUUAUUUAUUAAUAUCAUGGAUAAACGUAUCACACUGGAAAUUCCUCCCAGAACUGCUACUCUUAUAGAAGAGCUUGACAAAAAACUUAUGGUCCUCUUACGAGAUGGACGUACCCUAAUAGGUUACCUCAGAAGUGUCGACCAGUUUGCUAAUCUUGUACUUCACCGUACAAUUGAAAGAAUACAUGUUGGUAAAGAGUAUGGAGAUAUUCCUAGAGGUGUAUUCAUUGUUCGAGGUGAAAAUGUUGUUCUUCUUGGUGAAAUAGAUCAAGAAAAAGAAGAUAAGCUGCCUUUGCAGGAAGUAUCUGUCGAUGACAUUCUUGAAGCCCAGCGGAAGGAACAAGACACAAAGCAGGAUCAAGAGAAGCUUCUUGCAAAGGCACUGAAGGAGAGAGGCCUUCAGUACAUUCCAGAUAUGAGCCAUGAUGAUAUGUUUUAGCGUUAGUUUCAAAUUUGUAACUUGUUCAAGACUGCUAAUGACAUUGAUUUAAUUAAUGUGAUUUUCAAUCUAGAUAUUCCUAUUUUUGCUUGAUCAGAUAAGAACAAGGAAAAAAAAAGACAUGAGGCAGCAUUCAUUGUUUUUAUUUGUAUUUUGUUUCUUGUCUUCUUUUGUCUACAUUCUAAGCUUUGAUCGUCACAGAAUCUGACUGAACUUCUUGAGACUUCGUUCUUUUGUACAACAGAAAGUAUAAUCAUUUUGUAAAUCAUGCUAUAAAUGGUGCUAUACAUCUAAUAUGUAUCAUUUGUUUUCUCAUUUUUUCAUUUUUUGUUUUUGUCUCAAAUUAUAAUUGUAUUUAUUUUGCUGUCACAAUGACAACAUUGUAAGCUCUUCAGUGGGAGGAAUAAGGAUGAAACUAUUUGUUUUCAAUAAUUCUUGACACGUGUAAUGCAGUAAAUUCUUUUAUUUCAUAUGUACAAAAUGAUACAGUACAUGUCAAUCUAGAGUAUGCCAUGCUUGGGAUUCCAAAUUUGCUACACCUUUGCUGAGUUUGUUCGGCUGAUGCUUCUUACCAAGAGAAGCCAGUGUUAAACCUGAUAUAUUUUGGCUUUUGUAUGCAAUUGUAUGCAAUUUGUACUUCUAAUCAUGAUGUAUUCUUGUGGUUAUGUGGUUGGGUAGCCACAGUCUUGUAAGCAAUAUUGGUAAAAAUCAAAUCAAACAGAAAGAAGAUCAGUGGCUUUCUUUAGUACUUAAACUUGAAGUCUUUUUUUUUUUAACUUUUAGCUUUUAUAAAAAAUAGUAUCCGAUAACCAGUAUUAGAUUCUGCCCUCUUUGCCACUUUUGGCCUGCCUUACCCAGCGUUACCUUGUUGGAAAGAAACUUUUUCUCACAGCCCCCUAGCAAUCCUAAAAUAAGUUACUUCAACACAAUUCUGUAUUUCACAACACUUCAGAGCUAAUACUGUUUAUGGAAAAGAAAGUGAAAGUUAGAAUAAGGCCAACUGUUUUGGAAGACGAGGGAAUCAUUGUGACAAGUGAAUUAAGAUUAUUUCAGAUUUCGUGAAGUGCAAAGUCAAAAGUCAUUUCGCAAUUUCCACUUAACAUUUUAUUCCAAGUAUUGAUUCCAUCAGAUUCCUUGUGCAUAAAGUCUCUUAUAUGAUUUGAUUUUUUUUUUUUCAAAUGGACGAAUAUGUCAAAGGAAAAACAAAUGGAAUGAAAGAAUAUAAUAAAACAUAGGAUAUUAAAAAUUCUAUUUAAGAAGUUACCAACAGUUGCUUUGAGGGGAACAUUUCAUGUAAGUGAAAGGCUAUAGAUGGAACUAAGGUUUUACAUUAUAACUGCAGUCCCUUAAUUUAAGGUAUUUACAUUCAAACACAUGUGUGGAAUCUUUGUUAGGUGAGCAAGGUAAGGGUAACAUUCAGAAUUAUUUUUUUUGUAUUUACAUUACCAUGUGGAUUAAUUGACUUUAUAGUGUUAUGCCAUGUUCCACUGAUUUCAUUUAUGUUCAAUAUCAAGUAGGAAGCAUCAGAGAACCACAGUUUUUCUAUACACAAUGCCAAGCAAUAGCUUUAAUUGUAUCGGAUUUAGUUUUGCUUUUAAAAUAACAGGUGUUACACCACUAUACCAAACUCAGAACUGUGGAUGAAUGUUCUCUUUUUUAGGUCUUGGUUUUAAAAGGUCAAUAUUUCAUCUUCCAAGUAUUUUUUUCUUUUUUGGUUUUGAUUCUACACAUUAAGUUUAAACUAAAUAAAAUGUACAUUCUUUUCUCUCUA